GUUACCAAUACAGUAGUAGUUAUUAUUUAUCGCGUGUAUUGUUAAAAGAAAAAAAAUAGAAAAAAUUUUUUUCUCUUAACAUGGAUAAAAUGAUGAACUUAUCAAAUGAUUGAUCAACCAUCUACAACAACAACAAUUAAACACAUACAUUAAAUACAAUUUUCAUUUGGUUACUCAUAUCAAUGAGGAAUAUGUAAAAAUUGAAUGAAUGAAUGAAUUCAUCAAUCAUUUUGUUUAAAUUACGUAAUCAAGAAAACAAUUAACCAAUCAGAUGAUGAGAGGAUUUGAUUACCAAUCAGUGAAUGAUUGAUUUAUUAUUAUUACAUAUAUGCGAUAAAACAGAAAGAAGUUUCGUCAAUGACUAAGUUGUCUUCUAUCCUGUAUUCAUAAUUUUAAAUUAUGCAACAUUUUAAUUCCAUAAUUUAAUAACGUUGAACAAAUUGAAUAUUAAAAAGAAUUGAACUAUUGAACUAUUCACUUAUAAUUUAUAAUGGAUCCUAUUAGAAUUAUUCUAAGUCGAUUAAACAAUAGAAACUUUAUAUGUUAUGGAAUUUGUUCUAUCAAUUUAACAUAAAUUAAAUAACCUUUUGAAUAAAUACUUAUUAUAGUGAUUAAUGGAUAUCUUGGAUGUAAAUAAAUAAAUAAACAAAUACAAGGAUUACAAUUUCCUCUAGUCAAAUUAUCUUCCAGUGGUAGCAACAAUCAGAGGAUACAUACAUACACGUGUAAACACCCGUUAACUAUCUUUAUUGUGGUCAUUUCUGAACGCCAAGUUGAUAAUCAUUCUGUUACUAUCCCAACAGGAUUGACAACUUUGAAAACAAAUAAAGAAUAUGGAACUCAAAAAUCUAUCGAAUUCUAUGCAUCCCUUAAUCAGUUUAAGACUUUUGUACAUUUUUUAUUUCUUCAUUCUUCUAAGCAUUAUUACAUCAUCUGUUAAAUGUGCAUGUUUACAAUUGACUGAAAAUGAUCGUCCUGUAUUAUUUUGUCAGUCAACAAUACCAUCUUUACCAAUUCCAAGAAAUGAUAUUCCAGCUAAAAUUGCAAAACUUAUCAUUUCAGGAAUGAAUUCUACUGGUCAACACAAUGGAAUUUUAACACGUGAUAAUCUAACCGGUUUGGAAACAUUAACAUAUCUUCAAAUAAGUAAUUUUGAUUUAAAAGAGAUUGAAUCACAUACUUUUUCUGCUAUGGAACAUUUACGUAUAUUAGAUUUGUCAAAAAAUCGAAUAAUAACAAUUGGAUCAGAAGCAUUUGCUGGACCAUCUUUAAAGCUUCUCUCACUAACUGAUAAUAAAGGCAUAAUUUUUGAUCGAACAUCAUUUCAUGGUGCUCAUGUUUUUCACUUGGCAGCUCGAAACUGUGAUUUAACUUCACUAGAUUACGAGACAAUAGCUAAGGCUAAACCAAAACAAUUAAGUUUAUCUGAUAAUAUUUUAACAUGGUUAGAUCCACAAUUCGCUGAACUUGUCAUAGAUCCUCCAAAUUCAAAAAUUCAUCAUUUAUCAACUGUUCCACCUCGUCCUAACCUUGGCUAUCUAGAUUUGAGCAAUAAUCCUUUAAAUUGUGAUUGUCAGCUUAUGUGGCUUUCAAGGUUAGUAGAAAGUCAGUCUUACGAUGCAUAUCAGUAUGUCACUGGUAAAGAUUUAAACAAUAAUGAUCACAAAAAAGAUGUUACUGAUUGGUCAAAUUCACCAACAGAAUCAUCAAUUCGUUUAAUGCAACAUAUGAAUAUGACAUGUGCACAACCACCUGCCUUGGCUGGUAAGAAGUUACCACGUAGUUGGGAUUAUUUUUGUCCAAUCCCAAGUAUAACUGGAAUUGAAAUAAAUAUGUUAAAAGCAAGUGCAGAUUUUGCUCAACUGACAUGUAUUGGUAAAGGUAGACCAACACCAAGUCUUGCAUGGACAUAUAAGAUACACGGACAAAAAGUACAACAAAUUUUAGACCCUUCAGUUAAACAAGGUUCCAAUGAUCAGUAUUUUAUGCAUUCUAAUAGUCAAUCAUCUUUGAAUAUAUUACCAGGGAACAAAAUGAUUGAACGAAAACUUGCAUUAAAUGUAAGUUUGAAUUCAGUAAAUAUUGAAAACUUCACAUGUACAAUAUGGAAUAAUGAUGGGAUACCAUCAAUAUCUUCAGUAUCUACUACAUCAUUGACUUCUUCCGAGGGUAUUGUUAACCCAUUUAAACCUACAUCCCUGAUUGUCCCAACAUCUGAUAAUCAUCAAACCAAAUUUCAAUAUUAUAGGCUUCAUGAAGUUACUGUACGUGUGUCUGGACCUCUGAGACCAUCUGAAUUUAUUAAUCCUGUAAUAAUUGGUGAAUCUUCAAGUUUGGACAGUCGUAAGCAACAUGCUCAGAAAGAUGACAAUGCUGAAGUUUCAAUGUCAUCAUUGACCACAACUUCACAGAUACUCGAUAAACAGAUAACAAAUUCAUUACAAGAGGAAAGUAAAGAGACAUAUGGUUAUUUAUUCAUAAAAAGAUUUACAUUAUUAGAAUUACUCGGUGCAGUUAUAGGAACAUUUAUUGCCACUUUAGCAUUAUUAUACUUGGCGACAAAUUGUUUUUCCUGGUUUUGUCAAAUCAAUAAUCAUUUAUCAGCAAAAAAUCUACGUAAAUCACAUUUAGGAUCGCAUAGUAAGUGGUUUUCAUGGAUAAAUAGUAGCAAUAAUAAUAAUGGUCAUUUGUUGAGAGGUAGUAAGCAUCAAUCAGCUAUGAAUAAUAUUGGAUCGCAUCAUUUGAAUCAAAAUGGGAAUGGUUUAGAUGCUAAACUGUUACAGCGUGAAGAUGUAGAAACAACAUGUACUACAUUUGCUGAUAUGGUGUUAGCAACCACUACUCCAAUCCCAUCACAGUUUGGUUCAACAACGAUAUCCGCCCGUAGACCCAAUAUACCACAAGCGCUGUUACUCACAACUGUUCCAAACCCUCGUCUAGAGGCGAAUUCCACACCGCCACCGAAUCCAGCCUACUGGCCAAUGCCUGAAUAUGCCUAUUCAGGGGCAGGAAGCCAUGAAUAUGAUGUACCCAGACCGUUAGAAACAUUUGUUGGUGAAAGGUGUAUUCUAAAACCUGGACUGACAGAAAAUAACAGUUUAAAUCCUAGUGCAGCACAAUCGUUUCUUAGCCUGGCUGCCCAAUCCUUAUUUCCGAUGAAUGGUACCCAGUUAAAUCGUAACGAUGUCGGAAAUCAGCCAAAUAAUGGAAUCUUUCAAACUCCCGCAAAUAUUACACCUUUAACUAUGCAAUGGACACAAACAAUGAAUCCAAUAAAUAAAACAUUGACAAUAAAUCCUAUCAUAUCAUGGCAACCGAAUUUAGUCGGUUCACAUAAUUCAUCUUUGCUGACUGAUAGACAAACACAAAACAGUAGUUAUACUAAUCAACCAUCAACACAAUCAAUAUUGUAUUCUGCAGAUUAUCCAACCUAUUUACAAACACGUCCAUAUCCGCAUCAUAAAGAGCAGAGCCUACAACAACAACAACAGUUGAUUGAACUUAUGACGAAUUCUACUAGAAAUUACCAAUCAGAAAACUUUAUGAGCACGCCUAUGGAUAUGCUUAAUAGUCAUGAUUUGCCAAGAAAAACUACCACUUGUACACAAGAAAAUAAGGCUCAAAUAAAUGGAACCAAUAAUUAGGACUAAUAUAGAUCAUAUUGCUAAACCUCCGUCGAUAAAAAACUGUUUAUAUAUAUAUUAACUUAAUUCAAAGCAUUUUGUUGUGAAAACAACUCUAUUGUAAAGUAAGUAAAAACUCACCGUCUUCUUGAAGUCAUAUUUAUGUAAAUGAACAUAACUAACCAUUAAUCAAUAUUACAGAGAAAUGAUUUUUUGUUAGAUUAAUCCAUUUGGAUUCAAUGAAACGACUGACAGACAUAAAAAAAGAUAUCUUCCUUUCUACAUUCAUUAGAAAUCUCCUCCUCUCAUUGUAGACACGAAACUCUUGUUCUUGCCCCCAUGCUCAAGUAAUUUUUAACUAUUCCAAAGUCUUUCCAAGUUAACUAACUAACAAUAUUCAAAUAAAAUCAAACUCUUUUGUGUAAUAAACAUUUCUCAUUCAUCUUUUGUCUACUACUUUAUUAAUAGUAGUCUAUAUAUAUUCAUAAAUUGUGAAAGUCAAACAUUGAAUUUUUUGUUCUAGUUAUCGAUAUAUUUCGACAAUCAUAAAUGAUAAUUAUAA